GUCUCAUUGUCCUCUGCCCCAUGUCUCAUCCCCUCACGCUGACCUUCCCUGCUCUGUGUCCCGCAGGCCGCCCCCCCCGGCGCGAUGGAGAUCCCCAUGCUGGCCCCCAUCUGCCUGAUCGAGAACAGCCCGGCGGGGGAGCUGCGGGUGCAGCAGGAGGCGCUGCGGGUGCUGGCAGAGAUCUCCCAGCCCGUGGUGGUGGUGGCCAUCGCCGGGCUGUACCGCACCGGCAAGUCCUACCUCAUGAACAAACUGGCUGGCAAGAGAACAGGGUUCUCGCUGGGCUCCACCAUCCAGUCGCACACCAAGGGCAUCUGAAUGUGGUGCCUGCCCCACCCCCGCCGGGCCGGCCACGCCCUGGUGCUGCUGGACACCGAGGGGCUGGGCGACGUGGAGAAGGGCGACACGAAGAACGACACGUGGAUCUUCACGCUGGCCGUGCUGCUCAGCAGCACCCUGGUCUAUAACAGCCUGGGCACCAUCAGCCAGCAGGCCAUGGACCAGCUGCACUACGUGACGGAGCUGACGGAGCGCAUCAAGGUGAAGGUGGCAGGCGAGGGCAGCUGGCAGGAGGGGGAGGAUUCGGCUGAGUUCGUGCGGUUCUUCCCGGCCUUCGUGUGGGCCGUGCGGGAUUUCGUGCUGCAGCUGGAGCUGGACAGGCAGGAGAUCACCGAGGACGAGUACCUGGAGAACGGCCUGAAACUAAAGACAGGCAGCAGCCGGCGAGCCCAGCUCCACAACCUGCCCCGCGAGUGCAUCCGCCAGUUCUUCCCGGCCCGGAAAUGCUUCGUCUUCGUCCAGCCGGCCGGCAGGAGGGACCUGCCCCGGCUGGAGGAGCUGCAGGAGGACGAGCUGGAGCCCGAGUUCCGGGAGCAGGUGGCCCGGUUCUGCCGCCACGUCUGGGAGACGUCGAAGCCCAAGACCAUCCCAGGCGGCCACGUGGUGACCGGGGCCACUGAGUUGCUGGGGACCCUGGCGGUGACCUACGUCGACGCCAUCCGCAGCGGGGCGGUGCCCUGCAUGGAGAGCGCGGUGCUGGCCCUGGCCCAGAUGGAGAACUCGGUGGCGGUGGGGGAGGCCGUGGCUGUCUACGAGGAGCAGCUGGCCCGGCGGGCGGCGCUGCCCACGGAGAGCGUGCAGGAGCUGCUGGAGCUGCACGCCCAGUGCGAGCGGGAGGCGCUGCGGGCGUUCAUGGCGCGCGCCUUCAAGGACGACGACCGCAGCUUCCAAGGGGAGCUCAUGCGCCGUCUGGAGGAGCAGAAGCAGGAGAUCUGCCGGCGCAAUGAGCUGGCGUCGUUGGAUCGCUGCACGGCCACCCUGCUGGAGCUGUCGGACGAGCUGGACGACCAGAUCGGACAGGGGGUCUACCUGGUGCCCGGGGGCUACCAGCGCUUUCUGGACGACCAGUGGCAUGUGGUGGACAGAAACUGGCACGUGCCAGGGAAGGGGAUAAAGGCAGAAGAGGUACUGGACCAGUUCCUGGCCAGUGAGACGGCAGCGACAGACGCCAUCCUCAGAGCAGAUAAAACGUUGACGGAAGCAGAGGAGGAGAAAGCCAGGGAGAAGCAGGAGGGGGAGAGGCUGGAGCAGCAGCGGAAGGCGGCGGAGGAGAAGCGGCUGCAGACGGAGCCGCUGGUGAAGGACCAGGAGCGCAGCCACCAGGAGAACGUGAAGCAGCUGGAGGCCAAGGUGGCGGAGGAGCUGGCCGGUGCCCGGCAGGAGGCGGAGCGGGCGCUGGAGAGCAAGGUGAAGGAGCAGGAGGCCAUGCUGCAGAAGGGCUUCGCGGAGAAUGCCGGGCUGAUGGAGGACGCGAUCUCGGGCCUCAGGGAAGAGAUACGUCCAGCCAACGCCUCCCGUGCCAGUGGCCCCAUUGUUCCCUUCCGUGCCCCUGACCCAUUUCCCCCUGGGCCACCCCCUGGGCCACCCUUCGGCCUCUUCCCUCCCAGCCGUGUCCACAGCCCCUGUCCUCCCAUCUUCAGUACCCACCGUGCCAGACUCUCCAUUCGUGGCAGGGACUGCGACUCUCUUUCACACCCAGCCAGCUGA